GAGGCGGUUUCCGGCUCAGAGAACGGGUCGUCGAGAUGGCGCUAGUGAGUUUUUUACCGGCGCCCACACAGCUUUCCCAGGACCAGCUGGAGGCGGAGGAGAAGCUCCGAGCUCAGAAAUCUCGCCAGACUGCGCUGGUGGCCUCCCGCAGAGAGCCCCCUCCCUAUGGUCACCGUAAAGGCUGGGUGCCCCGGACUCUGGAGGACUUUGGCGAUGGCGGUGCCUUCCCGGAGAUCCACGUGGCUCAGUACCCCCUGGAAAUGGGGAGGAAGAAGCGCACGUCCAAUGCCCUCGCUGUACAGGUGGAUGCCGAGGGCAAGGUUAAAUAUGACGCCAUCGCUCGUCAGGGCCAGUCCAAGGAUAAGGUGGUAUUCAGUAAGUUCACAGACCUCGUCCCUAAGGAGGUGAUGGAUGAUGAGGACCCCGCGCUCCAGCGGCCGGAUGAGGAGGCCAUCCGUGAGGUGUCAGAGAAGACCCGACAGGCCCUGGAUAAAGUUGUGUCCCAGAAGAUUGCUGCAGCCAUGCCAGUGCGGGCAGCCGACAAGCUGGCGCCUGCGCAGUACAUCCGGUACACCCCGUCUCAGCAGGGGGUGGCAUUCAACUCCGGAGCCAAACAGAGGGUCAUCCGGAUGGUGGAGAUGCAGAAGGACCCCAUGGAGCCGCCACGCUUCAAAAUUAACAAGAAGAUCCCCCGCGGACCGCCGUCCCCCCCUGCACCGGUGAUGCAUUCUCCCAGCAGGAAGAUGACUGUGAAGGAGCAGCAGGAGUGGAAGAUCCCACCGUGUAUAUCCAACUGGAAGAACGCCAAGGGCUACACCAUCCCCCUGGACAAGCGCUUGGCUGCCGAUGGCCGAGGACUGCAAACCGUUCACAUCAACGAAAACUUUGCUAAACUGGCAGAAGCGCUGUACAUCGCUGACAGGAAGGCCCGAGAAGCUGUGGAGAUGAGAGCCCAGGUGGAGAGGAAGAUGGCGCAGAAGGAGAAAGAGAAGAAGGAAGAGAAGCUCCGAGAGCUGGCGCAGAUUGCACGAGAGCGCCGAGCUGGCAUCAAGUCUCAUGCAGAGAAGGAGGAUGGUGAAGCCAGAGACCGCGAUGAAAUACGAGACAACAGGCGAAAAGAGCGACAGCACGAGCGCAACCUAUCCAGAGCGGCUCCAGAUAAGCGGUGAGGCUGGAACUAAUCACACCCCUGGAGGGCGCACUGUGCUCACAGUAAUGUCCUCUCUGG